UCAGCACUCAGAACAGAGCUCCAGACCUUAUUUUGACUCGGACUCAGAGUUCUGGAUCAUUUGGUUUAACCUAUUUUUAACCAUAGUUUGUUAUGGUAUACAAAGACCUUUGUGAACAUAGCUCCAGUCCAUGUGAAGAAGUUUGAACCAUUAUUAAUCUGAGGAUGACUAAAGACGCACUAGCUGUCACUAUCGUGGUCUUGUGGCUGCUCUGCAAUCCGGCGAGGAUCAGGGGAACCGGGGGGUUUCAAGGCGCCAUUCCUCACCCAAAUAAAUACAGCCCAAACCAGUCGGAACAGACACCGCAGGCCAGUUCCAGGGGAACGGGACCACCUUCAGUCGGGGACGAGGUAUUGGACUCCAGUCAGGAGGCUUUACACAUAACGGAGCGCCGUUACCUCAAACUUGACUGGUGUAAAACGCAGCCGCUGAAACUGAUGAUCUACGAGGACGGGUGCCAGCCGCGCGCCAUCAUCAACCGCUUUUGUUACGGACAGUGCAACUCUUUCUACAUCCCUCGGCACGUUUAUCAAGAGGACAGUGCGUUUCAGUCGUGCUCCGUGUGUAAGCCAAAGAGUUUCACUACCGUGACUUACACGCUCAUCUGUCCCGGGCAAACUCCCAGCACCAAGAAGAAGCGCGUGCGCCGCGUGAAACAGUGCCGCUGUACUUCUGUCGACUUGGAUUAAACUUGCUGACGUCAUUGUUGUAGGCUACUUCUGUAUGUUUGUCUGAAAGUCACACAUUCCUAUAGCUGAAUAAUGUAGGAGCAUGACCGAUUUGUUUCCUCCAUUAGUUCUCCAGUCAUCAAAAUGUGUCCUUUAUAUUGUGAAGAAAUACAACUGAUGCAAUUAAAUGUAGGCUACAACAAGUUGGAUAAGUUAUAAUACUAUAAAAUAGUGACAUUAAAAAUAUGCUUAUAUUAUUCUCCACUGUGUGGAGCAAAAUUUGCGCAUUGAUGCAAAUAGCUUGUUUUGUGGCUUGAUUUGUAAUAUAGGAUACAUUACAUAGCCUACAUAUUAGGCUAUGGGUGUAAAUAAGCAAGUUUCCCCCCCAAAUCCAUUCCAUCAUAUUUAUUCCUGGUUUUUUAUACAAUACUGCAAUGUAAAAAGAAGGUGGUGUCAAGUUACAGCCUUUUUAAUCAAUUGAUGAAGACAAUCUAGGUGAACAAACAAACAUUACAAUAAAAUCUUAAAAGUUUUAACUUUUAACUUUAUGGAUUAUGGUCGGAAGCGACGGUCUUAAUGAUGGAUUUGUUUCUUACAAACAUGCUGCAUUUCACUUCACAGGACAUUAAUGGAUAGACUGGAGUCGUGUGGAUUAUUGUGACGUUUGAAAAUCUUGGUGAACAAACAUUACAGAAAAUAAGUUAGAUGCAUGGAAAAUAGUUUUUGUAUUAAUGAAAACUUUUUACAGUGUUGCAUUUAGUGUAAAAGGAACAAUAUUACUGUGAUUAAAUGGCAAUAAGAUGUGAAGCAACAUAACUGUC